CCUCUUCCAAUCCCACAGGCAUGGUGCUGUUCGAAUUUAAAAUUCCUCUUGAAGGUUGUAUAAACCCGGAAGUAGGGGUCUUAUAUUUAUAUUAAUUCUUUCAGAAUUUAAGUUAAUACAAAUAAGCAAUGUCAUUACAUGAAACAGAAAGAUUUCCUGCUUUUCGCUCAGACAUCAGAGCAUCGGGAUUGGCAGAAGUAUGGACUCAUACUCACGACGAGUUGAAAUUUACGCAAUUUGGAUGGAGAAGCACAACGAAAGAAAGUAGUUAUGGCACGAACACAUUGAUUGGCAACUGGAAUGAAGAACGAUAUGACAUGCACAGAGAUGCUGCUACAUUAAAACCACUCCCAUCACAAUAUGCACAUUAUUUUGAUACAACAUGCAAAUCAGACUAUAAGAAUAACAAUAAAGUGACAGAGGAGUCCAUGAAGCAGUUACGAGUAUUGAAAACUGCAGGAAAGGAGUCGAGAGCAUAUCCAGGACACCAACCAGAAUUAGACCAUGAAGAAGACAAAGCACAAUACAACUCAUUCAUGACAACAUCACGAGUUGGGUAUGUUCGUCCUGACGAAAGAAGACAACCUUCCAGAAUGUGAUUGUUUAAUGUGAUCUGCCACAAAGAGAUUUUUCAAUUAUUUAUAAAAGCCAUUUGCCCACGUUUCCAAAUAUAUACUACCUAUUUUACCACUCAAAAAUAUUAUAUUAUUGUGUAACUGCCUGUUUGUUUUAAAGCACUUAUUACUGUCUAAUGAAAAUUUUCAUAACUUACCUAAGAAAAAUUCGUUGACACAUUCAUUACAAUAAAAGGUUUGUGAAAAUUA